AUGGCUUCCCAAUCCUCUCCAAACACCUACACCCUCCCCACUUCUCUCCAACACGCCCCUGGCGACCCCCACUCCUCAGGAACGCGGAAAUCAUGGCGCCACCGCCUCAACUUGCUCCCCUCCCACACUCCAUCCCAGAACCAGGCUCCUCAGAAUGAGCUGAGACAGACGAAUACGAAUGCUAGUGCAAGGAGUAAACAUGUGCCGAAAUGGUGGAAGAUCAGACUUUUUAGAGGCAUGAUUAAUGAUGUGAGGAGGAGGCUGCCGUUUUAUUGGAGUGAUUGGGUGGAUGCUUGGGAUUAUCGGGUUGUGCCUGCUACGGUUUAUAUGUAUUUUGCCAAGUUCACGAAGACAAAUAUGAGUUACGGUGUCAAUGAAGUUCUGCUUGCUUCUGUUCUUGGUUCGGUGGUAUUUGCAGUUUUUGCUGCACAGCCAUUGGUUAUUGUUGGUGUCACUGGCCCUAUUACCUACAGUACGGUCUACGAUAUCAUGGCCCCCACGGGCACGAAUUAUUUUGCUUUCAUGGCUUUGAUCGGGCUGUGGUCCCUUGUAAUGCACUGGUUUCUUGCCUUUACAAACGCCUGCAACGCCUUGAAAUACGUAACCCGUUUCUCCUGCGAUAUCUUCGGCUUCUACGUUGCUUUCAUCUACCUGCAAAAAGGCAUCCAGGUCCUAACCCGUCAAGGCUCAGACGAAGCUUUCUACCUCUCCAUCACAGUCGCACUCCUCGUGCUAUUCAUCGGCUACCUCUGCGGUCUCAUUGGCACAAGCCCCUUAUUCCAACACUACAUCCGCGUCUUCCUCACAGACUACGGCACCCCUCUCACAGUCAUCUUCUUCACCGGCUUUGUGCACAUUGGGAAGAUGCGUGAAGUAUCCCUAAACACUCUGCCCACCAGCAAAGCCUUCUUCCCAACCACGGACCGAGGAUGGCUCAUCCACUUCUGGGAUGUCAGCAUAGGCGACGUCUUCAUCGCCAUCCCGUUUGCCAUCCUCCUCACCAUCCUCUUCUACUUCGACCACAACGUCUCCUCACUCAUUGCCCAAGGCACCGAAUUCCCGCUGCGCAAACCGGCUGGGUUUCACUGGGACAUCUUCCUCCUUGGCCUCACGACGGGCGUGGCAGGCCUCCUCGGGAUCCCCGCCCCCAACGGCCUCAUCCCGCAAGCACCAUUCCACACCGCCUCCCUCUGCGUCACGAAGGUCGUUGCAGACCCCAACGAAGAAGGGGCCAACAAGGGACAUGUUACAACCAUCACCUCUCACGUUGUUGAACAGCGAUUCUCAAACCUCGCACAAGGCCUCUUAACCCUGGGCACGAUGACUGGCCCUCUCCUCAUCGUCCUCCAUCUCAUCCCUCAAGGCGUCCUAGCCGGCCUCUUCUUCGUAAUGGGCGUCCAAGCCCUCGAAGGAAACGGCAUCACGCUGAAAAUCCUCUUCCUCCUCAAAGACAAAUCCCUCACGCCCGCCUCGGAGCCCCUAAAACGCAUCCCUCGCCGCCUCGCCAUCUGGGUCUUCGUCGCCAUCCAACUCGUCGGCUUCGGCGCCACGUUCGCCAUCACGCAGACCAUCGCCGCUGUCGGGUUUCCGAUCUUCAUUUUGCUGUUGGUGCCAGUCAGGACGUUUCUGCUGCCGAAAUGGUUUAGUGAUGAGGAGUUGCGGGUGUUGGAUGCACCGACUGCGAGUCCGUUUACGAUGAUUAGUGUGGGUGGGAAUUUUGGGGAGAGCCUUGAGGAUGUGGCUGAGGGAGGACAAAGGAGUGCGGAGGAGACGGCGGUGCAGAGUAGUGGGAGCGAGGGGAUGCUUGUUGGUCGUGGUGGCGAGGAAGGGGAUAGCGAUGAGGGAAUGGCGGAAAGGGGGGAGGGGCCAGGUUUAGGGGGCUCGGAUGGGAUGAAGAGGAGGGAGAGCUGGAGAGGUGAGGGGAGGAGUGGGCGGUGGGAUGGGAAGGAAAGACGUGGAGAAAGCUUUGAGAUGCAGACUCGGAUGGGCAUCCGUAGGAGGAGUGUGAGUCGGCAGUCGACAUGA